GUGCUGGGAUUACAGGUGUGAGCCACCAUACCCAGCCUGAUGGCAUUUUGAAGAAUCAAUAUUUGAGGAAUGAGGAGGAAGGUUUGGGGCAGGCAAACUAGGGGGGUGUAUAGUGCAGUAACCCAAAGGAGGCUAAAUGACAACCUGAAGGUCUGAAGAAGGAUGAUGGCAAUGGAAAUCAAAGCAAGGAUAAGAAAGGGAUUUACCGACUGACAAUGGCAGAAAAAAUCUUAAAGAAGUUAGAUGUCCUUGAUAAGCAAGCAGAGACAAUCUUGGCCAGAAGAGCAAAGAUAAACAGGCUUCAGAAUGAAGGAAGAAAAACAACUAUGGCUAUACCCCUGACAUUUGAUUUUCAGUUGGAAUUUGAAAAGGAUAGUGCUACCUCCACAUCUAAGGCAAUAUCAAAGAUCAGAGAAGACAAGUCAUGUGGCAUUACAAAAUCAAAAAUGCAUGCCUCUUUCAAAUGUGAGCCUGAACCUAGAAAGAGUGAUUUUGAAAAGUCAAAUUUAAGACCAUUCUUUGUUCAAACAAAUAUAAAAAAUCAAGAAAGUCAGUCAACAGAGCCAGUAGAAGAAAAUCUAAAAUCAAGAUCUAUUGGACCCUAUCUUUAUCUUAAGGAUACAACUGAGAUGGAAAAUGCAGGGCCUUCGAAUGUUCUAUAUUCACAGCAUAGACAAGCAUGUAGAAGAUCACUGGGUUCUACAGACUUUUCUCCUACAUUCAACAUUCAGUCUAAUGCUCAUGAAAAGGAAAAGGAGUCUACUUUAUUUACAGCUCAAAUUGAAAAAAAGCCUAGAAAACCAUUGGAUUCUGUUGGUCACUUAAGAGAUGAUAGAAAUAAAAGAAAAAAGUCUCCACAGAUGAAUGAUUUUAAUAUAAAAGAAAACAAAUCAGUCAGAAAUUAUCGAUUAAGUAAGUAUUGGUCAGCAAGAAAGAAAAGCUUGCUCCCGUUGUGCUUUGAGGAUGAAUUGAAAAAUCCACAUGCCAAGAUAAUCAACAUUAGUCCAACAAAGACAGUAACUUCUCACAUGGAACAAAAGGACACAAAUCCCAUAAUUUUCCAUGACACAGAAAAUGUACGAAUGUUACUUUUGACAAAAAAUAGAUUUUCUUCCCAUCCUUUAGAAAAUGAAAACAUACACCAUAAAGGAACAAAUUUUGUUUUAGAAAAAAAUUGUGAAAUCCUCAAAUCUAUAAUUGGCGAUCAAUCUGUUUCUCUUAUCAAACCCCAGAAAACUAUACCUGCAGCACAGAGAAAAGCUAUACAGGUCUCCAUGUCUUUUAAAGCAGACCACACAAUUGUAGAUGAUAAACUAAAGAAGAAAAUUAAUAAGCAGACACUAGAAAACAGAUCUUGGAAUACACUCUAUAAUUUGUCACAGAAUUUUUCUAGCCUAACAAAACAAUUUGUGGGUUACCUUGAUAAAGCUGUUAUUCAAGCAAUGAGUGUCCAAACUGGAAAAUUUGAAAGAAUGUUUUCUACAUUAAAACCAAUGAGCAUACCUACAUCUAGAGCCUCACCUGAUAAAUGUUACUCAAACCCUUUUAAAAAUAUAUAUAAAUUAAAUAAUGUAACACCACUGGAUAAUUUGUUAAACUUGUCAAGUGAAAUUUCAAAUGCCUCAUAAAAUACCAUGUAUGCAGCAAUAUUUGAGUAACAAGAAGCAAAUAUCCAAAUUCCAAAAUUAUAAAAGAAAUUCUUCUCCAGAUAGUAAUGUCCUAAUUGAUUAUAUAAGAAAGCAAAACAUAGAAAUUAGAAUUACAAGCCAGCAGUGGUCUGUUCGAGAACAAUAAACAGUUUUAGUAAAUAAUAGGACAAAAUUGGAAAAUAAGUAUUACCAAGAGGAUCCAGUUCAUGACUUUCUAUUACCUCAGUUAGAUUGCUCAACCAUCAGCCUUCCUAUAGUAAAGUCUGACUCAAGACCAAGAACGGCAUAGAAUGACUCUAGAAAUGCACUGUUGAAAGCUAAAUAACAUCAAUACUCUUGUUCUAUAAUUGAAUAUCAAAUAAGAUAAAUAUACCAUUAAUUUAAUAAAUGUGGAGUUAACUGUAUAUCAGCAUUUCAGACAAUCAUCAUCAAUCGUAUUACAUUAGUAAUUUGUGCAAUUAAAAAAGCUUUGUAAAACUUUAGUUUUUUUCUUGUUGUUAGAUGUUGGAACUUCAUUACCAUACAAUGUGUUUUUGCAAACUUUAAACUUUUUUUCUGAAUUGUUAAAUAAAAGAAUAACUAUCCUUAAUCUAAAUAAUUUUGGUAGCAAAUCCUGUAAGGUAUUAAACAUUUUAAAACAUUGUUAUUUUACUGUUUCUCAUUAACUCAAACAGUGUAAAGGCAGAAUUCAACUUAGAAACAAAAGUUGCAUUUUGAAAGUUUAUUUGUAAUCCAUUUGUUUGGAAUUCAGAAAUAUAUUUCACAUAAAAAUAAUCUUGGAAGUAAUAAAUUUCAGAAUU